CUCUGGUGAUGAUGGGGGCGAGCCGAGGUCUGAAAUCCGAGAUCCCUCGCAGCCUGGACUUGGUGAGGUCCCAGUAAAAGCUGCUUGUCUGCUUUCCUUCCCUGAGCAGUCACCCGAUUGCACUGGCCUGGGCAACAUGGAGCUAGCCCCCUGGACGCACAUAGGACUUACACUCCUCCAGCUCCUUCUCAUCUCCUGCCUGCCAAGAGGUACUAGUACACAGUGAUCAAUGAAAACUGUCCUGGAGCUGAAUGGAAUAUCAUGUGCCGGGAGUGCUGUGAAUAUGACCAGAUCCAAUGUGUCUGUCCAGGACAGAAGGAAACAGUGGGCUAUACCAUUCCCUGCUGCAGGAAUGAGGAAAAUGAAUGCGACUCUUGUUUAAUCCACCCAGGUUGCACCAUUUUUGAGAACUGCAAGUCCUGCCACAACGGCUCCUGGGGUGGAACGCUAGAUGACUUCUACAUCAAGGGGAUCUACUGUGCAGAAUGCAGAGCAGGCUGGUACGGAGGGGACUGCAUGCGAUGUGGGCAGAUUCUUCGGACUUCCAAGGGUCAAAUUAUGUUGGAGAGCUACCCAUUGAAUGCACGCUGUGAAUGGACUAUACAUGUUAAGCCUGGGUUUGUUGUUCAGUUAAGGUUUGCUAUGCUGAGCCUGGAGUUUGACUACAUGUGCCAGUAUGAUUAUGUGGAAAUCCGUGAUGGGGACAAUAUAGAUAGCCAGAUAAUUAAGCGAUUCUGUGGCAAUGACAGGCCUCCCCCUAUCUGGAGCAGUGGACAUUCUCUUCAUGUUCUUUUCCAGUCAGAUGGAUCCAAGAAUUUUGAUGGAUUUCAUGCCGUCUUUGAAGAAAUUACAGAAAGAAGUGAUGUGGGGCAGGAGGUGGACGUCAAGAAGGAAGGAGUUGCACAUCCUAAGAAGAUCUUCCUUUCAGCAGCUUGUUCUUCAUCCCCAUGUUUACAUGAUGGAACAUGUAUUCUCGAUAAAGCUGGUGCCUAUAAGUGUGCCUGUUUGGCUGGUUACACUGGGAAUCGCUGUGAAAGCUUAGAUUUUUUUGAAAUAUCUGAACUGUCAGUGGUGAUGUGUAGGACUCCAGGUGCUCCUGCUAAUGGUACUGUGGAAGGAGAUGACUUUAAAUACGGGGCCCAGGUUUACUUCAAGUGCAACGCAGGUUACAACUUAAAUGGCACCCAUGUUGCCUAUUGUCAGCUUGAUGGGAGUUGGUCAACACAUCAUCCUGAAUGUGUUCUGGAAGAAAAAAACUGCUCAGACCCUGGUGGCCCACUCAAUGGUUACAGAAAAGUAGUAGAAGACACGGGGCGUAUGAAUGGACGCUAUGCAAAAAUUGGCACAGUCAUGGCUUUCUUUUGUAACAACUCAUAUGUUCUUAGUGGGAAUGAGCAGAGGACCUGCCAGGACAAUGGAGUGUGGUCAGGGAAACAGCCGAUCUGCAUAAAAGCCUGCCGAGAGCCAAAGAUCUCUGACCUGGUGAGACAGAGAGUGCUUCCAAUGCAGGUUCAGUCAAGGGAGACACCUUUGCAUCAGCUCUACUCAUCUGCAUUCACCAAACAGAAGCUUGAAAUCUAUCCAACCAAGAAGCCAGCACUUCCAUUUGGAGACCUGCCUCCAGGGUACCAACAUCUGCAUACUCAGCUUCAAUAUGAAUGCAUUUCUUCUUUCUAUCGCCGCCUGGGAAGUAGCAGGAGGACUUGCCUGAAGACAGGAAAAUGGAGUGGGAGAGCCCCUAUAUGUAUUCCAAUCUGUGGAAAAACUGAAAAUGUCACUCUUCAGAAGACUUCAUCUAUCAGGUGGCCAUGGCAAGUUGCCAUUUACCGGAAAGCCAAUGGAGUAAAGGAGAGCAACAUUCGGAAGGGAACAUGGAUCCUGAUCUGCAGUGGAGCCCUGGUAAAUGAGCGCACUGUGGUUGUAGCAGCACACUGUGUCACUGAUUUAGGGAAGACCAUUGUCAUCAAGACAGCAGAACUUAAAGUUGUCCUGGGGAAAUUCUACAGGGAUGAUGACCGAGAUGAGAAGACCAUCCAAAACUUACGGAUUUCUGCCAUCAUAGUGCAUCCAAACUACGACCCUAUAUUGCUUGAUACUGACAUAGCCAUCAUAAAACUCUUGGACAAAGCCAAAAUCAGUAGCCGCGUUCAACCAAUUUGCCUGGCAUCUGCUCAUGACUUGGCCUCAUCCAUGGAGGAUCUAAAAAUAAUGAUUUCUGGCUGGAAAAUAUUGGCUGAUAUUAGAGAUCCCAGCUACAAGAAUGACACAAUCCGCAUGGGAGCUGUUCAGAUUGUGGACUCACUGUUGUGUGAACAGCAGUAUGAGGAUCAUGGAAUCCAGGUCAGCAUCACUGAGAGCAUGUUCUGUGCCCAGCAGGACCACACAGCUUUUUCUAAUAUUUGCCCUGCUGAGACUGGAGGGAUUGCAGCCAUCACUUUGCCAGGAAAAGAAUCUCCUGAAUUAAGGUGGCACCUGAUGGGAUUAGUGAGCUGGGGCUAUGAUAAAACUUGUAGCCUAGAACUCUACAGUGGCUACACUAAAGCUGUUCCAUUCAAAGACUGGAUUGAGAAGAACAUGAAAUAAAAAGUAUAGGUGGAAAGGGCUUUUGAUAAGUGUAGUAGCAUCUCUCACAGUCUCUGCUGCUUUAGGCUUUUCAUCCCACCGGUGAGCCACAUCUGGGAUAAAGUUAAGACAGACGCCCUGACAAUUUGUCAUAGGAUCAGCUGUUCACUGAGGCUACUUAACUAACAAUGUAGGCUCUUUCUUUGUGAGAGAAGGGUUUGAUAUAUUUCAGCUUUCCUAUCUCCCUUGAUGGAAAGAUGGUGCUCAGCUAAACUCAGCUCAGCUCCUGAUACCUGUAGGCGGGAUGGCCAGUACUGGCUGAAUCUGUCUGUGGUUUAUAAUCACCUGGAUCAGGGGAUCUGUGAGAGUUUCACAACGGAUCAUAAGUGUGAGAAAAUUAGGAGGUUGGAAAGAGUAGCCUGGAAUAACGGGUGAGUUUGUUAUGGUAUAUGCUGUCUGUAUUGCCAUAGUAUGAUAUAUUCUUUUUCCCUCCUAAGUACUUUACACAUUUAAAUAAACAAAGGUUGUUU